CCUCCUUACCGCUACAGCUGCAGCUGCGGGGCGCCGACUCAGCCUCCCUCCCCGCUAGUCGCGCCGCUGCCAUCCAAGAGAGUCAUUCAUGCGGUUGUGAUCCAAAACGACAGCAAUGAAGACGAGGCUCUCGGACGCAGCCGUUGCUGCCCUCUGCGCGGCGCUUCUCCUCUGCUCCAUCGAGGCAGAAGUCAAUCCACCGUCAGACUUGAAUUUUAAAAUUAUAGAUGAACAUACUGUUCAAAUGUCAUGGACGAGACCAUCUGAUGCAAUAGAAGGUUACAGGAUAACAGUGACCCCUGUAGCUGAUGGACCUACUAGAGAAUUUACCCUAGCCCAGAGUGCUACGCAAACUUUAUUAACAGACCUCACAUCUGAUACUGAAUAUCUUGUAACAAUAAGUUCAUACGAUGACAGAGAAGAGAGCAUAUCUGUCUCUGGACAACUGACAAUUCAAACAGGUGGUUUAAUAACAACAGAAGAAAGGAUUGAAGAAGUUCAGUUGCAAAGAUGUUCUAUUAGUGCUGUUACAGAUCUAGUUUUUCUUGUGGAUGGCUCUUGGAGUGUGGGCAGAAGUAACUUUAAAUAUAUAUUGGAUUUCAUUGUUACCCUUGUAUCGGCUUUUGAUAUUGGAGAAGACAGGACAAGGGUUGGAAUAGUCCAGUACAGUUCUGAUACAAGGACUGAAUUCAACUUAAAUCAGUAUUUCACAAAGAGGGAUCUUAUUGAGGCAAUAAAAAGAAUCCCAUACAAAGGAGGCAAUACAAUGACAGGAGAAGCGAUCGACUAUCUGAUUAAGAAUACUUUCGUUGAGCCUGCUGGAGCAAGAAAAGGUUUUCCUAAAGUGGCAAUUAUCAUUACGGAUGGGAAGUCUCAAGAUGAAGUAGAAAUUCCUGCAAGAGAACUACGUGGCAUAGGAGCGGAAGUAUUUUCUUUGGGAAUCAAAGCUGCAGAUGCCAAAGAGCUGAAGUUGAUUGCAUCUCAGCCCUCGCUGAAGCAUGUUUUUAAUGUGGCCAACUUCGAUGGCAUUGUGGAUAUACAGAACGAAAUAGUCUCACAGGUGUGCUCAGGUGUUGAUGAACAAUUGGGUGAGCUCGUCAGUGGAGAAGAAGCUAUAGAACCUCCUUCAAACCUUGUAGCAACACAAGUCUCAUCAAGAUCAAUUAGAGUCACUUGGUAUCCUUCUCCUAGUGAAAUCACUGGGUACAAGGUGGACCUCAUUCCAAUGAUAGCUGGUGCCAGACAAUAUUCCCUGAGUGUAGGACCUCAGACUACAGCCCUCAAUGUAAAAGAUCUUUCUUCAGACACAGAAUACCAAAUUAAUGUGUAUGCUAUGAAAGAACUGACUGCCAGUGAGCCAGUGACUAUAAUGGAGAAAACACAGCCAGUAAAAGUUCAAGUGGAAUGCUCACAAGGUGUGGAUGUAAAAGCUGAUAUUGUGCUUCUGGUUGAUGGCUCCUACAGUAUUGGCAUUGCCAAUUUUGUUAAAGUGAGAGCAUUUUUGGAAGUGUUAGUUAAAAGCUUUGAGAUUUCACCUAACAAAGUGCAGAUCAGCCUUGUCCAAUACAGCAGGGAUCCUCAUACAGAAUUUACUUUGAACAGAUACAACAGAGUUGAAGACAUAAUUCAGGCUAUUAACACUUUCCCAUACAGAGGUGGAUCUACAAACACUGGCAAAGCAAUGACUUAUGUUAGGGAAAAAGUCUUUGUUACAAGCAAAGGUGCAAGAGAGAAUGUCCCAAGGGUUAUGAUUCUUAUUACUGAUGGGAAAUCAUCAGAUGCUUUUAAAGAUCCUGCUUUAAAACUGAGGAACUCAGAUGUAGAGAUAUUUGCAGUUGGUGUUAAGGACGCAGUGCGGACAGAAUUGGAAGCUAUUGCUACACCACCGACAGAAACCCACGUGUACACAGUGGAAGACUUUGAUGCUUUUCAGAGAAUAUCCUUUGAGCUCACACAAUCUGUCUGCCUACGAAUUGAGCAGGAACUUCAGAAGAUUAAGAGGAAAUCUUACUUACCUGCAAAGAAUCUGGAAUUUUCAGAAGUGGAUUCUUACAGUUUCAAAGUUAGCUGGUCUCCAGCAGGAGCUGAUGUUUUGUCUUACCUUGUCAAGUAUAAAGUGGCUAUUGGUGGAGAGGAAUUCAUUGUUUCUGUACCAGCUCCUGUUACUAACACAGUUCUUACUAAUUUACUACCGAAAACCACAUAUGCUGUCGGUGUGAUUGCAGAAUAUGAAGAUGGUGAUGGGCCUUCCUUGGAUGGGGAAGAAACAACUUUAGAAGUCAGGGGAUCACCACGAAACUUAAGAGUAACUGAUGAAACAACUGAUAGUUUUAAAGUUGGAUGGUCACCAGCUCCCGGGAAUGUUCUCAGAUACAGAAUUGCAUAUAAGCCAGUUACUGGUGGGGAAAGAAGAGAAAUAACUGUCUCAGCAAAUGAAAGAGCAACAACACUGCAGAAUCUGAAUUCCGAUACAAGAUACGAAGUCUCUGUUACUGCUGAGUACCAGUCUGGGCCUGGAAAUCCAUUGAAUGGCCAUGGGAAAACUGAAGAAGUGCUGGGAAGACCAAGAGACUUGAAAGUUUCUGAUGCUACAACAUCCUCAUUGAAAUUAUCUUGGAGUUCAGCACCUGGCAAAGUACAGAGAUACCUUGUAACAUAUACUCCAGUGACAGGAGGUGAAACUAAAGAAGCAACCUUAAGGGGAGAUACUACCACUACAGUUCUCAGAGACUUGGAGCCAGGAACGAGAUAUGAUUUAUCUGUGACUGCCCUUUAUGCAUCUGGAGCAGGGGAUGCUCUUUCUGGACAAGGAGACACACGUGAAGAACGUGGCUCUCCUCGGGACUUGAUUACUAGAGACAUAACUGAUACUACCAUUGGAGUAUCAUGGACAGCAGCUCCAGGAUCAGUUGAUCAUUACAGAAUUAUAUGGAAAUCACUCUAUGAUGAUCAGACUGGACAGAAAACAGUUCCUGGAAAUGUAAUAAAUACUGUACUGGAAAACCUUCAGCCUGAGACUAAAUAUAAGAUUUCAGUCUUGGCUUCUUACAGAAGUGGAGAAGGAGCUGCUCUAGAGGGACAAGCUACAACUGAAGUGUCACCAAGUUCCAGGACUUUGAGAGUGGAUGAUGAGAAAGAGACCACAAUGAGAGUUACCUGGCAAGCUGCCCCUGGAAAAGUUGUCAGCUAUCGUGUCGUUUACCGACCCCGCAGGGGAGGAAGACAAAUGGUCACAAAAGUGCCACCUACCGCUACCACAACAGUAUUGAAACGUCUUCAGCCUCUGACCACUUAUGAUAUCUCUGUCAUUCCAAUGUAUAAAACUGGUGAAGGAAAACACAGACAGGGUGAAGGAACAACAGCUUCCCCAUUUAAAUCUCCCAGAAAUCUGAAGACGUCAGAUUCCACCAUGUCGAGCUUCCGAGUAACGUGGGAGCCAGCCCCUGGGGAAGUGAGGGGUUACAAAGUAACUUUCCACCCAACUGGAGAAAACAGACGCCUUGGAGAAUUAAUAGUUGGGCCAUAUGACAACACAGUUGUCUUGGAGGAGCUCAGGGCAGGCACUUCCUAUAAAGUCAAUGUUUUUGGAAUGUUUGAAGGUGGUGAAAGUGCACCAUUGAUUGGAGAGGAAAUGACUACCCUUUCUGAUGCUACUGUGGUGCCAUUUUUAUCUAGAGGCCUGGAAUGUAUAACCACAGCAGAAGCAGAUAUUGUGUUGUUGGUGGAUGGCUCAUGGAGCAUUGGUCGGCCAAACUUUAAAACAGUCCGAAACUUCAUUGCUCGCAUUGUCGAAGUGUUUGAUAUUGGUCCUAACAAAGUACAGAUUGCCCUUGCACAAUAUAGUGGAGACCCCAGGACAGAAUGGCAUCUCAAUGCACAUAAAUCCAAACAGAGUUUAUUGGAUGCUGUGGCCAAUUUGCCAUAUAAAGGAGGCAACACCUUAACAGGAAUGGCUUUGAAUUUCAUCUUUAGAAACAACUUUAAACCAGAAGUUGGGAUGAGGCCUGGAGCUCGCAAAAUUGGUGUUCUCAUCACUGAUGGCAAAUCUCAGGAUGACAUUCUUUCUCCAUCACAGAAACUGAGGGAUAUGGGGGUAGAGCUUUAUGCUGUUGGUAUCAAAAAUGCUGAUGAAAAUGAACUGAAGCAGAUUGCAACAGACCCAGAUGAUAGUCAUGUUUACAACGUCGCAGAUUUUACCCUUCUUACUACUAUUGUUGAUGACCUCACUAUAAAUUUGUGCAAUAGUGUAAAAGGCCCAGCGGAUUUGGCCCUGCCACCCACCAAUCUAGUUACUUCCCAGGUGACCCCGCGUUCCUUCAGAGUGUCUUGGACUCCACCUUCUGAGAGUGUUGAUAGAUACAGAGUUGAAUAUUAUCCCGCCACUGGAGGCACACCACAGGAGGUCUAUGUAAGUCGUUCGGAGACUACUACAGUUCUGACUGGCCUCAAUCCUGAAACAGAGUAUGUUGUGAAUGUAUUUUCUGUGGUAGAAGGGACUAACAGUGAACCUUUGAAGGGCACCGAAACAACUUUACCCAUCCCUUCGGUUAGAAACUUGAAUGCUUAUGACAUCACCUCAACCUCGAUGCGAGUGCGAUGGGAACCUGUUGAUGGAGCUACUGGCUAUGUGUUGUUAUAUGACCCUGUCAAUGCCACAAUACCAGCAACAGAAAAAGAGAUGCGUGUUCGAGCAUCAGUGAAUGAUGUAGAGCUGGUUGACCUAAUUCCCAACACUGAAUACACCUUAACAAUUCAUGCAAACUUUGGCGACCUCACUAGUGAUCCACUCACCACUCAGGAAGUCACAUUACCUUUAAGCGGAGCAAAAAGCCUAAGGAUAAGAGAUAUUACUCACAGCAGCAUGAGAGUCUAUUGGGAACAUGCCCCAGGAAAUGUUCGUAAAUACAUAUUGAGAUACAAAGCUGCUGAAGAAGAUGAUAUGAAAGAGGUGGAAGUGGAUAAAUCUCAGACAAGCACAGUUCUCCCUGGGCUUAUUUCAAAAACACUUUAUAAUAUUGAGCUUGUUGCAGCAUAUGAUGAAGGAAUAUCAGUGCCAGUAGCUGCAGAUGCCACCACUUUACCUGUACCUGCACCACUCAAUCUGAGAACUGAUCAGGUCACCAAGACUUCUUUCAGAGCCACUUGGGACCAUGGAGCACCUGAUGUAACUCUCUAUAGAGUAAGGUGGGGGCUUUACGGCUCACCUGAUAAAGAGGAGAUGAUUCUAAACGGUGAUGAAAACACUUUAGUUUUUCAUGAUCUGACACCAGACACACUGUACGAUGUCUCCGUUACUGCAGUCUAUCCUGACGAAUCGGAAAGUGAUGAACUGAUUGGCAGUGAGCGCACAUUGCCUAUGGCGCCUAUAACAACACCAGUGCCAAAGAGUGGCCCACGGAACCUUCAGGUAUACAAUGCAACCUCCAGUAGCUUGACUGUCAAAUGGGAUCCUGCCACUGGACGAGUGCAGCGGUACAGGAUUGCUUAUCGACCUGCAACUGGUGAUGGUGUUGAACAAACGACCACAGUAGGAGGAAGGCAGAACAGUGUUGUACUCCAGAAGCUACAGCCUGAUACACCUUAUAGUGUUACAGUUUCAUCCAUAUAUGCAGAUGGUGAAGGAGGACAGAUGACAGGCAGGGGCAAAACCAAACCUCUCAACACCGUAAGAAAUCUCAGAGUUUAUGAUCCAACCACCAGCACGCUGAAUGUUCGAUGGGAUCAUGCUGAAGGGAAUCCACGUCAGUAUAAAUUGAUUUAUGCACCAGUGACAGGAGGUGCAGAAGAACAGGCAACAGUUCCAGGGAACACAAAUUAUGCUGUCCUAAGGAAUCUACAACCCGACACACAAUAUAAAGUAACCGUGAUUCCUUCUUACCCGGAAGGCGAUGGAGGCCGGAAGUCUGAUAAUGGGAAAACCUUGAUGAGAGGAACACCAAGAAGCAUCCAAGUUUACAACCCAACAACAAACAGCCUUAGUGUCCAGUGGGAACCUGCACCAGGGCCAGUACAGCAAUACAGAGUUGUCUAUUCUUCAUUGCUUGGCACAAGGCCAUCAGAAUCUCUUGUAGUACCAGCCAACACCCGCAAUGUUUUACUAGAGCGCCUGUCUCCUGAUACUCCUUAUUCUGUAAAUGUUGUUGCUCUGUAUGCUGAUGGAGAAGGAGAUCCAAGUCCUGGACAAGGAAGGACAUUGCCUCGCAGUGGGCCCAGGAACAUAAGAGUCUUUGAUCCUACUACAAACAGCCUUUCUGUUCAAUGGGACCACGCUGACGGGCCUGUGCAGCAGUACAGAAUAAUAUAUUCUCCCACUGUUGGAGACCCCAUAGAUGAAUAUACAACAGUUCCUGGCAGAAGAAACAAUGUAUUGCUACGGCCUUUGAAUUCAGAUACACCCUAUAAAAUUACAAUUGUGGCAGUUUAUGAUGAUGGAGAUGGUGGACAGCUGACUGGGAAUGGAAAAACAGUUGGGCUGCUUUCUCCUCAGAACAUACACAUUUCAGAUGAAUGGUACACACGAUUCAGAGUUGCCUGGGAUCCUGCACCAUCGCCAGUUCUUGGGUACAAAAUUGUGUAUAAGCCUGUAGGCACUGAUGAGCCGAUGGAGGUGUUUGUCGGAGAGGUGACUGCAUAUACAUUGCACAACCUGUCUCCUAGUACUUCCUAUGAUGUAGAAGUUUUUGCUCAGUAUGAUUCUGGACUCAGCGCACCAUUGAACGAUAUAGGCACUACGUUGUACUUGAAUGUAACUGACCUAACGAGUUAUAAUGUGGGAUGGGACACUUUCUGCGUCAGAUGGGCAGCUCAUCGGUCAGCCUCUUCUUACAGACUGAAGCUGUUUCCAGCGGAUGGAUCUAGAGGGCAAGAAAUUACAGUGCGUGGAACAGAAACCAGUCACUGUUUCACUGGCCUUUCACCAGACACUAACUAUAACGCUACUAUCUUUGUUCAAACACCAAGCCUUGAGGGACCUCCAGUAUCUACAAAAGAACGAACAUUAAUCAAGCCAACAGAACCACCAACACUACCACCAACUCCUCCUCCUCCUCCAACAAUCCCACCUGCUCGAGAAGUGUGCAAGGGUGCCAAAGCAGACAUAGUAUUCUUGACUGAUGCUUCCUGGAGUAUUGGAGAUGACAAUUUCAACAAAGUAGUGAAGUUUGUUUUCAAUACGGUUGGAGCCUUUGACCUAAUCAACCCUGCUGGAAUUCAGGUUUCCUUGGUUCAAUACAGUGAUGAUCCAAAGUCUGAGUUUCAUUUGAAUACAUAUGAUGAUAAGGCACGGGCACUAGGAGCACUUCAGAACAUUCGGUACAGGGGUGGUAACACCAAAACAGGCAAAGCACUUACAUUUAUCAAAAAUAAGGUCUUGACAUGGGAAAGUGGCAUGAGGAAAGGAGUUCCCAAGGUGCUUGUUGUCGUAACAGAUGGUCGUUCACAGGAUGAAGUGAUGAAAGCCGCAGCUGUCAUACAGCACUCCGGUUUCAGUGUCUUUGUUAUUGGCGUGGCUGAUGUUGAUUACCAUGAACUGGCCAAAAUUGCCAGCAAACCCAGUGAACGUCAUGUCUUUAUAGUUGAUGACUUUGAUGCUUUUGAAAAGAUUGAGGACAACCUCAUCACCUUUGUUUGUGAGACAGCUACCUCAACUUGCCCUCUUAUGUACUUGGAUGGAUACACCUCUCCUGGCUUUAGGAUGCUGGAAUCUUACAACUUAACAGAGAAGUAUUUUGCUUCUGUACCAGGAGUUUCAUUGCAGUCAGGAUCCUUCCCCAGUUAUGUGGCAUACAGGCUUCAUAAAAAUGCCUUCAUCAGUCAGCCCACAAUGGAAAUCCAUCCAGAAGGCUUACCGAAGGCUUACACUAUCAUAUUUCUAUUCCGUCUCCUCCCGGAAACCCCCACUGAACCAUUUGCAAUUUGGCAGAUAACAGACAGAGAUUACAAACCACAAGCUGGAGUUGUUCUUGACUCCUCCAGCAAAGUAUUAUCAUUCUUUAAUAAAGACACAAGGGGAGAAAUUCAGACAGUAUCAUUUGAAGGUGAAGAGGUCAAGAAACUCUUUUAUGGAAGUUUUCACAAGGUUCAUAUUGUUAUAACAUCCACAAUUGCUAAGAUUUAUAUUGACUGUGUUGAAAUAAUGGAAAAACCAAUUAAAGAGAGUGGAAAUAUCACAACUGAUGGCUAUGAAAUACUUGGCAAACUACAGAAAGGUGACAGGAAAACAGCAGCAUUUGAGAUCCAGAGCUUUGACAUUGUCUGCAAUGCAGUUUGGACUAGCAGAGAUAGAUGCUGUGAUAUUCCUUCUAGGAGGGAUGAAGCCAAAUGCCCAUCAUUGCCAAAUGCUUGCACAUGCACACAGGACAGCGUGGGACCUCCGGGGCCUCCAGGACCUGCUGGAGGCCCAGGUACCAAAGGCCCAAGAGGUGAAAGAGGCUUAAAUGGACCUCCUGGGCCACCUGGUCCCCGUGGAGAUGUAGGACCUGCAGGUCCUCAAGGCCCGCCAGGACCACAGGGGCCAAAUGGACUUUCCAUUACAGGAGAACCAGGCCGUCAAGGAAUCAAAGGUGAUGCUGGAGAACCGGGGCUACCAGGUCGAUCAGGAUCUCCAGGCUUAACUGGCCCCCCUGGCCCAAUGGGACCUCCAGGUGACAGGGGCUUCACUGGAAAAGAUGGCCCAACAGGACCAAGAGGGCCCCCUGGACCAUUAGGUGCCCCAGGAGUGCCUGGAGUAGCUGGCCCAACUGGAAAACCAGGAAAACCAGGAGAUCGUGGGUCACCGGGUCCAGCUGGAUUGAAAGGUGAAAAAGGUGACCGAGGAGACAUGAGUUCCCAGCAUUUGAUGCGAUCUGUUGCAAGACAAGUCUGUGAACAAAUGAUAAACGGCCAAAUGGCCCGAUUUAACCAGAUGCUGAAUCAAAUUCCAAAUAAUCACUAUUCUAAUCGCAAUGAGCCCGGGCCACCUGGGCCACCAGGCCCCCCUGGACCUGCUGGGACAAGAGGAGAACCUGGAGCUGGAGGCAGGCCAGGGUUCCCAGGCACACCUGGCAUACAAGGGCCACCUGGAGACAGAGGGAUAUCUGGAGAGAAAGGUGAAAGAGGGAUUGGAUCACAAGGACCACGAGGUUUGCCUGGGCCACCAGGUCCACAAGGGGAAUCCAGAAUUGGCCCACCAGGUUCUACAGGCUCACGGGGAUCACCUGGGCCACCUGGCCGUCCUGGCAAUGCGGGUAUCAGAGGUCCCCCUGGGCCCCCUGGAUACUGUGAUUCAUCCCAGUGUGCUAGCAUUGCUUACAAUGGUCAAGGAUAUCCAGAGCCAUAUGCACCUGAAAGUGGACCCUAUCAGCCUGAAAGUGACCCCUACAUAGUACCAGUGGAAUCUGAAAGAAGAGAUGACGAAUAUGAGGACUAUGGAGCUGAUAUGCAUUCACCCGGAUACCCUGAACACAUGCGCUGGAAAAGAUCUUUAUCAAGAAAAGCAAAAACAAAACCAUAAAUGAUUGACUUCCUCAUUUCCUUUCCCCAUUCCCUUUCUGGGUUGUUUUUUGUUGUUGUUGCUAUUCUCGCAUAUGUAGAUACAUAACAGAGAGGGUUGGGUGUGCAUAUGCCUGGUCCAGGGAUUCCAAAGCAGAUUAAUGCUUGCUUCUUCUGGAGGUAUCAGGCUUAUGAGGGAAUAGCAAUACACAUUAUCAUAGAUUUCAAUCUUGCUCUUGAAACGCUUGUAAAAUACUUUAGCUUACAGCAGCUGAAUAGAACUUUAACAAGUGCAUUAAAAUUAUCACAGGGCUGCAUUCUCCUUUAGUAAAUUAAAAAAAGGGAAAAACCUUCACAGCUGCUACCAGUGUUCUAAGGCUGGAUGCUUCAGCAAAUGGAGCUUGCUUUAUAUUUUUCUUCCUUGUCAAAUACUUACUCGCAGUUCAGUCAUGUUACAAAUCUGCAUUGUCUGGUGAAACAAGAAACAUCUCUUUUCACAUGUCAGAUUUCUUCUAUCUUUGCUUAUAUCUUGAAGGGCAUAUACAGCUCUUAUACAGCUCUUUAACAACCACAAAACUUAAAUAAUAUAGCUGACAUCAUUGUAUCAACUGGAUACAGGUUUAAAUCUCCUUGUUUAAGAGACAAAGAUGGAAUUGCAUGUUUGUGUUGUAUAUUUAGUAUGAUUUCCCCCUCCCCCAGAAUAUAAUGUUUCGUAGUUAUCAAAAAAAAAAAAGCAGUUGGAAAUUGUUUGCAAGACUAUGGAUAUAGAAUUGCUGCUUUUAUAUUUUAACUGCAAAUUGUGAAUUUUACUGCCUUAUAUUAUUUAUUUCUGAAACAAAAGAGGCAUUUUUCAAUAAAACUACUGAAAAUUUA